AUGGUUGAGACUCCUUACAUCGAAAUCGAGUUCCGUGACGCCCCAAAGAAGCGCAUCAAGCGCAACCUGUCGCUGAACUGCUCUGAAAACGACAACGAAACGCGCUGCUGCCGGUAUCCGCUGACGGUGGAUUUCGAAAAGUUCGGCUGGGACUGGAUCAUCGCCCCGAAGCGCUACGAAGCGUCCUACUGUGCAGGCGAGUGCAUGCUGAGCUUCCUCCCGAAGUACGAACACACGCACGUGAUGCAACUGAGCACUUCCGCUAUUCCUUGCUGUUCACCGAAGAAGAUGAGCCCAAUCAAGCUGCUGUACUUCGAUUUGAGCUACCGAGUGAUAUACAGUACCAUACCGAAUAUGAUUGUGGAAAAGUGCAGUUGUUCCUAG